AUGGCGUUCGGUCCCAUAAGUACGUUACCUUAUUUCUAUAAACCAGUCUCGUUUCAUUCUUCGGACUACAGACAGAGGGCAUCCUACAGCGUGGAUUUCACUCGUGGAUACCGUCCAGUAACAAGCACCAAGUCUAAGCUGAUACUCUUUCAUAAUCCCCCAAGAUGGUUUACAGGUGACACUCUGAGGAACACUUGUCAACAAGGUAUACAAGAGUGUCCACAGAAAAACUGUCAAUGUUCAUAUGAUCCCAAGCAAACGGAGAGAGCGGAUGCUGUCAUCUUCGAUGGUGUUGAACUGAAGUAUAGAACCCCUCCACUUAAACAAACCAACCAAGUGUGGAUCAUGUUCGGAUUAGAGUGUCCCUAUUAUUACAACAAUCAGUUAUAUCUAUCAGAACAAUGGCGUCACGUGUUCAACUGGACCAUGACGUAUCGUCUCGACUCUGACGUCAUCUUGCCUUACAAUGUCCUUUAUCAGCAGCAGCAACCACCGAAAGUUAAUUUUUCUCAAAUUGCUCUGAAUAAAACGAAGUCGGUCCUCUGGUUUGUCAGUAACUGCAACACACAAUCCAAACGGCAACAGUAUGUGAAAGAACUACGUAAGCAUAUCUCUGUGGACAUCUAUGGAAGAUGUGGGCCAUUAAAAUGUAGAGGACCGAAGUGCGGUUUUUUGUACAACCAAUAUAGGUUUUAUUUAUCAUUUGAAAAUUCAUUUUGCGUUGAUUACAUCACAGAGAAGUUGUUCAAAGUAUAUGCUCAUAACAUUGUUCCAGUUGUUCGGGGAGGGGCAGAUUAUAAUUCCCUGGUACCAAAUGGAACCUACAUUAAUGCAGCAGACUUUUCUAGUCCAAAGAACUGGCAACCUAUCUUAAGUAAGCUUUAA